GAUACGUUGCAGAUACUUUGCACUCUUAGACGAAUCACGCAACCUUAAUAUCCUACGUACCUACUAUUAAACUCGUCACCUGCAGCUCUAAGGUGGUUUUAAGAUGUGUACCUGCCAGAAGGUACCAUCAAUUACAUAGAUACAUCAAUGUAGGUACCAUUAUGCAACGGUUGACAUUUUGCUCACCGGUUCUUGUGCCCCAUAUCCUCCACAUAUCCACCAGAUACCUAACCACCAUAACUUCCUAAGAGGCUAAGCCGUUCAAUCUUUCAAAUUAGCUAGUUCGUUAAUGAAUACGCACCGAGUUUCCUCGACCGGUCCCUAAGUAAACCCUCUUAUAUAUAUCGCACUCAGCAGUUCUCAUGAAGUUCGCCCAAGAGUUCAGGAAGGCCCUCCAAAAAGAAGGCUUUCCCGAGAAAUGGGUCAACUCUGCCGUUCCUUACGGCCAGCUCAAAAAAUGUCUCAAAAAGGUUACCAAUGAACUUAGGGAGCUCGGACUAGAUAAGGACACUUUGGCUCAAUUAGCUACCAGCCAGAAGGAUCCAUCCGCAGUGGCCUUUCACUACCACCUGGAUGGGAAACUUACCCAUUCCAACCAUUUUCGUCCGAGGCUCACUUUUUUCAUCCAUCUCCAUGAUGGCGUGGCCGUAGACGCAAAAUUGACGCCGUCUACGAGAGACUUUUUGAAGAAAGUGGUAUCUAAGACAGGAGAAAUAUCGGUCUCGCCAGCACACGAAUCCAGCAACGCAUCUCCAGAUACUUCAGUUAAAUCCACAGAUUCUCCUCCUAAUGUCGAGGAGGUCUCAUUGUCAAAAGAGGAGCCGUUGUCCGUUAAACAGAUUGAAGUGCCCUUGGUCUUUGACGGUGAAUUCUUUGAAAUCCUACAGACCGACGUCUCGAACCUAGACGUGCUACAACAGGAAGAACAAGAUAAAUUAGGAAAAGAGAUAGCUCUCCUAGGUCAGGAUAUUAACAAAGCCACGAAACCAUCGAAAGGCCGAAGGGCAAGGGGGGACUUGGAAACCUGGCGCAAUAUCUUCGAGCUGUACUUGGACGCCCGGAUCUUCUUUUCUACCAGGGAGGACGAUCAUGGCGCCAGAACAAGCACCCAGGCGGUCGAGCAACUUCGGUGGUUCCAAGAUCAAGUCUUGUCGAAAAAGUUAAUUCAUGGCCUCAAGCUUGAGAAUAGUCGGCAAGCUUAUACGAGGUUUCUCAAUAUGAACGCUCUGCUCCUGCAAAUUCUUAAAUUCCAGGAGAUUAACAGUUUAGCAGUAACGAAGAUACUCAAGAAAUUCGAUAAGAGAACCGCGCUGGGCGUUUCACGUGCAUUCCCUGUCACUGUUCAAUCCAAUAGGCUUCUAGCAGGGAGUGUGGCUAAGGACAUAUGUGCACAAAUGUCCAACGAUUUAAUUUCGGUCGUCCCGCAGCUUGAUGACUAUCUCUGCCCCAUCUGCUUUGCCAUUGCGUAUUGGCCAGUUCGGCUGGAUUGUCAGCAUAUAUUCUGCAGUCGGUGUCUCGUGAAGAUGUCACGAAAGGGGGAAAGAUUUUGUCCCCUUUGCAGAGCUGACGUGAUCAUGCGAGCUGGAUUAGAACAUUUUGAUAGCGAGCGUGCCGCAUUUCUUCGCGAGUACUUUCCGAAGGAAGUCAAAGAAAAAGUUAGAGCCAACGAGCGCGAACGCAACAAGGAAAUAUUCGGACCUGACUAUUCGGAUUCGACUUGUUCUAUGAUGUGAAGUUGGCAUUGGUUCUGCAUUUGUUUACGGGGAAAUUCAUAACUUCUACAUACGAAUGCAUUAGCCGGGAUGCAGCUCAACCCCCCCG